UCACUUCCUGGUCGCUGCAGUCACUCAUCACCUGUCAGGCAGGAGAGGAGUCGUGUGGAGGAAUUUAGAGUAGAAAUACAAGGGCCGUUGUGGUUUCUUUGAACGAGAACAACAUUUAGAGACAGAAAGCCAUGAACUGAUGAAUCUGUACAGGAAUUUCGGGUGUAUGCUGGAGAGCUGGGUGGCUGAUGGAUUCCCAGAAGGCUCCUGUUACUCAGAAGAACCUUUGGAGAAGCAGCAGGAUGCCAACAGCAGCGACUCUGCUUCUGCAGAUUCCAUCAGACUCCCAGGAACCACUCUAAGGUCCGAAUCUGAAGAUUCUGGAGUGGAUUUGUCCAGUCUGGGCAGCACUGAGGCCUCCAGGUCAAGUGUGUUGACCUCUGUAGACUCCCUCACAUUCAAGCCAGCUGCUAUAUGUGAAAUUGAAGAAGAUAUAAAACCUUCAUGUUCUUCACCAGAUCCAUCCCUGUGCUCCUCAUCAUCCCCAUGUUUCUCUGAGGCUUCUACAGGAGCAGACAGACCCUCAGUGGAUCAGGCUUUAAGAGGAAAUGAGCUGGACUGGACACAGGCUACAGGGAGAGAAUCCCCUUUCCUAGAGGAAGGCCUGGAUGUUGGACCUCGCAGACGCUGCAACACAACCUCACUGAUCAGAGGUCUUCAUGCCGUUCCAGCUGGACCACCCCACAGGACUGAAAGUAUGGGGUCAGGAAGGCCUCAUGGACAGCCUGCUGACCAGCACAGACAAGCACAAACUCUACAGCAGCUUGACCUCAAUGACAAAGACUUAGCAGAGGCUGUGUGCCACAAGGAGCCUGACUGGGAUGGUCUCUCUCCUGGCUUGCUGUAUCUGGAGCAGAUGUGCCGGAUGCUGGAGGAAAUCGCCCGGUUACAGCAGCAGAACAAAAGCCUUCAGCUGGAGAUGAACAGCAUCCGUGGCCAGAGGAAGACCACCAGUUCACAGAAUUGUGAAAUCAGCACCAGGGCUCAUGAACGACCUGAGGUCCUGCGUUUCGAGGAGUCCAGCCUUUCUUCUCAGCCUUUCCGCCGCAGGACCGCCUCUGACACAUGGGCUUUUCUUAGGCCUCGAAGAAAAGCUAAAACUCAAGCUGAAAAGUUCAUGUCCACAGAUAUUUUAGCCGAAGAGCCUGAUGGCAACUUGCAUAUGCCCAUGGAAGCACAGCAAAAGAAGGCGGGUACCAGCCUGAAGCAGAGGAUUAGCUCACAAAGAAAGAAUGAGAAGUUGGAGCACUCCAGGAACGGCAGCUUGCAUGGUGAUAAGUCAUUGCUAAAACUGUUCAGGAACAGAAGAAAGACCACUCUUCUCUGAGACCCGGUGACUUUACCUCAACAAGACAGAAAGAUGACAUGAACUUCUGAUGUACACUCAUAAAAACAGAGAUUCUUCAGGGGUUAUUUUGUAAAGACAAUAACUGUACAGUCAAAUGCAACACCUGGCGUUGACAAAUUACAUUUUUGUUGGAAAUAAGUUAACACUCCUCUACAGAGAAAACACUUGAAUGUCAUUUUUAUUAUUUUAAAAUAUCAUUGUAUUCAUUUUUUAAAAAGUUGUUUACU